AGAGAAGAAAGAGAUUUUGUAAAAUUAAGAAAAUAAGAAAAAAGGGAGAUAGCAGACGUCACCGAAAACCAGACACCGUACCGACGGCGAUCGGGAAUUUAGCAGAAGAUGAAGGUUUUCGUCAAAACUCUCAAAGGCACUCACUUCGAUAUCGAAGUUAAACCUGAAGACAAGGUUGCUGAUGUAAAAAAGAAUAUAGAAGCUGUUCAAGGUGCAGAUGUCUAUCCUGCUGCACAACAAAUGCUUAUUCAUCAGGGGAAAGUCCUUGCCGAUAACUCAACAUUGGAGGACAAUAAAGUUGCUGAAAAUAAUUUUAUUGUCAUAAUGUUAUCCAAGAAUAAGAGUUCAUCUGGUUCAAGUUCGACCGCUUCAAUAGCUCCAAUAGCUCCAACAGCUAAGGCUCCUCAGUCUAGUUCAUCACCACCUGCACUGGCCCCAGCUUCGUCUGCACCUGUUGCAACUCCGGCUCCGGCUGCAUCUGUUGCUGUAUCUGCUCCUGUCACUUCAACCACUGCUGGGUCAGAGGCUGAUGUUUAUGGUCAAGCAGCCUCUAAUCUAGUUGCAGGAAGUAACUUGGAGGGAACUAUCCAGCAAAUUCUUGAUAUGGGUGGGGGGACCUGGGAUAGAGAUACUGUUGUACGUGCCCUUCGUGCUGCUUACAAUAAUCCAGAGAGAGCAGUGGAAUAUUUAUAUUCUGGUAUCCCUGAGGAAGCUGAAUUACCACCAGUUGCCCGUCCCCCAGUGAGUGUCCCACCCACUAAUCCACCAGUUCAACCUCAACAGCCUGCACAACCAGCCCCACCUUCUACUGGACCGAACGCCAAUCCUUUGGAUCUCUUUCCCCAGGGGCUUCCCAACAUGGGGUCAGGUGCUGCUGGUGCAGGCUCUCUUGAGUUCUUACGCAAUAGUCAACAGUUUCAAGCUUUGAGGGCAAUGGUUCAGGCUAACCCACAGAUAUUGCAGCCUAUGCUUCAAGAGUUGGGGAAACAAAAUCCUAAUUUAGUGAGGCUUAUUCAAGAGCAUCAGGCUGACUUUCUUCACCUCAUCAAUGAACCUGUUGAAGGAGGAGAGGGGAAUAUAUUGGGGCAACUUGCUGAUGCAAUGCCACAGACACUAACAGUCACACCUGAGGAGCGUGAAGCCAUAGAACGACUUGAAGCAAUGGGCUUUGAUCGGGCAACCGUGCUUCAAGUUUUCUUUGCCUGCAACAAGAAUGAGGAGCUGGCAGCAAACUAUCUUUUAGAUCACAUGAAUGAGUUCGAGGAUUGACUUGUUGGGUGAAAGAAAUGGUUAGAGCAGUAAAUUUCCAAGUACAUUUAUUAUUAUUAUUAUUUUUUUUUUUUGGGUUAAUUUUCUUCCUCCUCGACUUUGCCAACUUUAUUUUAAUCAAGUGGUGUGAAUUAUUUGGAGAAGACAAGGAAUCCUAAGAUGUAUCUUUCUCUCUUGUUAGAAACCAUUAAAAACUUCUAUACAAAAUAUCCUGGUAAGCUUGUGGAUACAAUUUAGUAUCCAACUACUGUAUUUUAUUAAAAUCUGCAGAUGGACAGGUCAGGUGGGACUGAGCGCGGGAUAUCCACUUGCCCUGAAAUGAUCCCCCCAAUAGGGAAAAAUCCCAUUUCACUGGGCCUUUUGAAACACUCCGAUAGAAAGUCCCAAGAGCAUCAUAUUCUAGGAUCUCAAACUAUGUGAUUGAAUAAAUCCUUGUCCUCCCUGUCUGUUGUGAGUCGGGCUGCGGUUGAGUCUUAUAUUUGGGUCUUUCGGUUCUGGCCUCACUUUUAUAUUUUAAUGAGUACCUUUGGUUAGUGGAGGUGUGACUACUGUCCAAACUACACAGUUGAAGUUAUUGUCAUUCUUAAAUUUGUUAAAAUUAUUAAUUUAAUUGUAGUUUUAUCAGUUUAUACUUUUUUCUCUUAAAUAAUUGGUUGUGAUAUUU